CUUCUUGGGCGAAUUCAGAAUCUCAGAUCUCCCCUAUAAAGAGUCUCCCUCCUGCCUCCGUCCGUCUUCUUCUCCGUCCAUUCAUUCUCUUGCUUGACUUUCUUGACGACCUGCGGAGAGGCAGGGAGAGAGAGAGAGGCGGAUAGACAGUGCGAGGGUUUAUCGGUCGUAGAUUUGGGGGAGGGGGAGGGGAUGGCAGGGGAGUUGGAGAAGAGGGCGUCGGAGGCCUUCCUGGAUGAUAACUUCGAACUCGCCCUGGAGCUCUACACGCAGGCGCUGUCGUUGGACGGGCAGAACGCCAAUCUCUUGGCGAAUCGGGCACAGGUCAACAUUAAGCUCGAGAGAUUCACAGAUGCUGUUGCUGAUGCAAGUAAGGCGAUUGGGUUGGAUCACUCUAUGACGAAAGCUUACUUGCGAAAAGGCAUCGCCUGCAUCCAACUUGAAGAGUUUGAGACAGCGAAGGUAGCCCUGAAAGCAGGUGCUUCAUUGGACCCAAGCAACAUGAAAUUCAAGAAUUUGAUUGAGGAGUGUGACAAGCGCAUUGCAGAGGAAAUGAAUGACACACUGAAGGCACCAGUGUCAAUGGAUCUUCAAAGUUCUGUUUUGCAUCCACUUGAAUCCCCAACCACAGGGAAUGAACCUGCAAAGGAGAAAGUCUCUGGGCAAGCCAGCGGACGUUCUACUUCAGCUUUAGAUUCUCCAAAGCCAAAAUAUAGGCAUGAGUUUUACCAGAAGCCAAAUGAAGUAGUUUUGACUAUUUUUGCUAAGGGAAUACCUGCAGAAAAUGUCAAUAUUGAAUUUGGAGAACAGAUGUUAAGUGUUGCCAUUGAUGUUCCCGGUGAAGAGACUUUCUUUUUUCAACCACGCUUGUUUGCAAAGAUUGUUCCUGAAAUGUGCAGAUAUGAGGUAUUGUCUACAAAAAUUGAAAUCCGCCUUCAUAAAGCUGAUACUAUCAAUUGGACAACUCUGGAAUAUAAGAGAAAGGCAAAGGCUUCUACUUUACCUAAGCUGAACUCACCAACAGAUUUGAAAACGGAAAGGCCCACAUACCCAUCUUCGAAGAGCAAAGGUAUCGACUGGGAUAGAUUGGAAGCAGAAGUUAAAAAUGAGGAAAAGGAUGAGAAAUUGGAUGGUGAUGCUGCUUUAAACAAGUUCUUCCGUGAUAUAUAUCAGAAUGCUGAUGAGGAUACAAGACGAGCAAUGAGCAAGUCGUUUGUUGAAUCAAAUGGAACAGUGCUUUCGACGAACUGGAAAGAUGUUGGUACAAAAAAGGUGGAGGGAAGUGCACCCGAUGGUUUAGAGUUCAGGCAAUGGGAAUACUAGUGGCAUACCGUGUGCACUCUUUUCCAUGAUGUGUUGAGUUGAGACGGUAACUUUGGUUAUGUUGUCUAUUUUUCAUGUAAUCCUAAGCGACCGCUCUGCAGAAGUGGAACUUCUUUCCUCCCAAUGUGGUUGUUAAUGGUUAAUGUUGGUCCUGUGAAUGAUGUUAAUAAUUUUCUUUGUUGGUUGAUUUUGGGUAAAUGAGUUUCUUCUUUGAAAUGUAAAACAAAAGUGCUCUGUUGUUUGACUAUGGAAAUAUUUUAUUUUGUGGCUGCUGCUGCUGCCGAAGGCUUUUGCAGCUGUAACUGAACUUCUGAUCAGCAGCACAAACAAUAUUGAAAUUUUCAAGGCCUUCGUUA